CACCUCAUUCCCAGCACACUCCCACCUUUCGCCCUCCCCUUGCACGCCAUCUGGAAGCGGAGCGACUGCGGGCCGCGAGGAUGGAAGACAAUAUUGAUGGCUUACCUCCGGCAAAGAGGAAGUCAUCUGCGUCUUGCGCCGCGGCGGCCGGGACCAGCUCGAAGAGAGCCAAGCUCGCUCGAGAUGGCCUCCGCGCACUGCGCGCCCAAGCUCCCCCAGACCUGGCCCAUCAUCUCCCAGCGGAGAUAUGGCACCGCAUAUUCACCUAUUUGCCCCCCAAAACUCUCGGCAGCUUGUUGCGCGUCAACAAGCUGUUUCGCGGCCAUCUUGACCCUCGCUCCGCCGGUGGCGAGGUCAACAUGGCUGCUCCUGCACCCAUCGCACGCACCCCCGUCGUCGUCUCCUCCAUGAAGCCCGAUGCCAUCUGGCGGGCCUCGCGACGCCUCUUCUGGCCCCAGAUGCCGGGCCCGCUGCAAGGCAAGUCCGAGGUUGACAUGUGGCGCCUCUGCUGUGCGCGCAGCUGCCAGUUCUGCGGCUACCGUGACACUGGCGCCGAGGCGGCCAGAGUGCCGGACCAGUGGCAUCGCGGGCCCGGCGCCAAGGGCGUCGUCCCUGUAUUCCCUUUCUUUGUCACCACAUGCGGCAAUUGUCUCAUCGAGCGCACUGUCAAGGAGCUUGACAUCUUUCUCUCCAACGCGACACCGUCGUUCCUAGUGACCGGACUCCCGAUGGUUUUCAUGAGCGCCCAAAUGCACGUGAUAGCACCCCAGGUCCUCUCCAUCGUGACGAGCCCUGGAAAGUUGCAGAUUACAAAGGUCUUCCUUCCAAGCCACGUCGAAGAUAUUCGGCAUGAAUUCGAAGCAGUCAAAAGCCUGGGCCGUGCUGCCGCGGAAGAAUGGGUCAAGGGCCUUGACGCUCGCGGCAAGAAGCUGCUUGUCGACGCGUCGCGCUGGGAGAGGUGGUUCCUCUCCGGCGGGGUACAGGAGAUGCGUACGGCACGGCCCACGGCGCAAGCCGGCGUCACAGAGAUAACUGCUGUUUCUUCGAAGCGAGUCGCCGAGAGGCCGAGCAAUGGCCACGUAUCGCAUACGUCCCUGUUGGGUAGCAGCCGUGCAGUGAACCGUGGCAUUACACAGGCGCGCGCGCAACAUGCUGUUUCAUCCGCCGCAGACGGUCCUUACUUCGCGAAAAGCGCGAGCAGCCAAAAAGCGCAAGGAGCAACAGCGGUGCCUGACUUGCAGUCGUGGCAAUCUGGACCGCGUCUUGCGGCCGGGGAUGCUGUUGGGGGACCUGAGAUCCACCGCAGGACGGAAACAGAGCGACGAGCGUCCUCUGUUGACUCGUCUGGCGUGGUGGGCGCCCAGGUACCGAAUCCCAUCGCAAAGGCUGCUGCGGAGGACCCGAGAGCCUUGAAAGAGGAGGCUUGGCAGAUGCCGAAGGAGAGGCUGGUGAGGGAGAACGGCAAAGAUAAAGGGCCUCCUGCGAACAAGGCCGAGGGAAGCCGACCGACAGUGCUUGCUACGGGGACCGCUCCUCGGGAAGUUACUGACAAGGACUGGGACGACGCACAAGGGCCUCUCCGCGCUAGCAUAUCUGACCUUGCAGACGAGAUCAUCUGCGACAAAUGGGACGAUGGGGACCGAGUUUCGAAGAAGGAGGCAUCCCAAUUUGCCGUGGAUGUGCUGCUGUACGUUCGCAGCGAAUUCUACGCUCAAGUUGCCGAAAAGGCAGCAGCUCGACAAGCGGCCGGAAAGAAGCCCAUCGCCGAACCCCCGGAAGGGCCAUGGACUCAGAAACUCACGCUCGAGAACAUGAAGUGGGUGUUCGACAUGAAGAUCAAGCAACACACAGACCGACACCGCAAGGAGCUCUUUGUCUGCAAUAUUUGCCAGAGCCCUCGCAAAGCAUUCGGGCUUGAGUCGGUGAUCCAGCACUACGCCGCAAAGCACACAACGGCGCUCAGCGUGGGUAAUGUCGUGGUGCAUUGGAGAGCUGAAUGGCCCGAGACGCCAAUCUUUGACCCGGAACCGAAGCAGAAGCGACCCAAAGCAGCGGGCGUCAGUUCGCAGGCGCCUCAAGCGAUGGCUCCCGCCUCACACGCCCUUCAUGGGUUGCCUGCUCUGCCACCGGCGCCGUAUCCGCCACCGGGCGUUGUUGAGCCAACAACAUACGGCUAUGAGCCUCCCGCUUUUGCAUCUACGCAUACGCCCUAUCUUUCAGAAGCAGGCCUGCCUGCGGCGCCGUAUCCUGGGCUGGAUAUGCCUGCAGGAUACCAGCCGUCGCCAGUGCUCGCAUGGGGUCAACAUGGCAUAUCCCAUCCACCAGCUUCGACGCAGACGAUUGCAAGAAGCGGCGAUGGCAUAUCAAACAGCGGCGUCGACGAUGGCCGCCAAGCUGUAAAGCCUGCUGCAUUGGCCAAUGGCAAGAACACCCAAGACCACACGAAGAGACUCAACUUUGCUGCCAAAGCUGCACAUACGGCCUGGAAGCGUGUACUCUCUGAUAUACGCGACGCCUCCGAUGCAGAAAAGGCGAAGCAGUUCUUGACUUACGUGGCCAACAAGUAUGAAUUGAUGUUUGAGCCCAUGUCUCUGGACAUCUUUAUGGAUGCUUUUAUGAAUCGCAAAUGGUUCCGGUCUGCUCGCGAGCUCGCCAACAUAUGCUGCAAGGCCUGUGAAGCCGUCCGCGGUGUCGGUGAGGGUCCGAAACUCUUUGGGUUUCCGGAGCUGCUGCAUCACUUCAAAGCAAUGCAUGACGGAAUGCCGCACACGGAUGGAAGUGGCCGUCGACUAAAUUGGCGCGACGACAUGAUAUCGCCACGCGUGAGAUCGCCGCCCGAAGAGAGGACCCCUUACACCCCGAGCGGAGGACCUGACGCUGCGUCUAAGCAAUUGCAGCAGCAGCAGAAUGAGCAGGUGAAGCGAGAACAACCAGGGGAGACAGGAGUAGCCCACGCGCAACGCGAGCCGUCGAGCUCGGACAGCUAUGAGCCCGAGUACGACCCAGAGGAUAUAUCGAUUCAUACGAAGCCACCCGUCCAGGCGGCGAACGGGCGCCCUCUUGAGGAGGCUUCUACGGCUCACGGCGUUGGCGAUGUGCCGAAUCUUCGGCCUGCUAGUGCUGUGUACAGAACCAACCCACCGCCCCGGGGCGCAAAUGGAUCACAGAAUCGCCAUGGACGCGCUGCAGAGCAUUAUACUGCCGAGAGACCCGAUCAUGGACCGCGGAACGGGGCAAUAUCGCGGGAACCUAUGUCCGCACCGCCUGCACGGUUAGACGAGGAUGGCUUUGAGAUAGUGGGCAGCCUGCGGUCGCGUCCUGGAGGCGAGCACCGCGUGUCGACCGCUCUCGGGGUAUCUGCGCGAGAUGUGAGGUACGGCUCUCUCGCCCGUGACGCGCCUCCGCAGGGUGCAUACCUCAUCGAGCACGAAUACCUACCCCAUCAUCCUCAGGACGCUGUCCCGGUUCGCAUGUCCAGGCCCGACUACUAUGCAGAACAGUGGCAUCCGGAGCCUAGCCCGAGGGUGGCAUACCGUUCCCCUGCGUACUACCCCAGCAACGGCGAACCCGUCACGUACCACCGGAGCUAUGCAGACGAGCCUCGUCCCCGACCCGUGCAGGCUCACCCCCCCCCGGAGGCGUACGAGAUUGUCGAGGUGCGCGACCCGCAGGGCGACUACCUCAUCCGACGGCCGAUUCGGCGCGAGGCCGUACCGCCGCCACCACCACCACCACCGCUGGCACCGCCGGCGUACUAUCCGCGCGACGGCGGCGGCGCGUACGCGGAACGCGGCCUGCGGCAGGGGACCGUGUUGGAGGACCAACGCCCUUCUUCCCACCACUACUCGCAAAACAGCCGUGGCCCGCCGCAGCAGCGCCCGCCGUCGAGGAUGGACCUCGAGGAGUACGAUCCCCGGUUCCCCGCGCCGGCUCCCGCGCCGACAGUCGUUGGCGGCGGGUGGCAUGAGCCCCGGUAGGGGUGGGUAAUAUACUACUACCUACUACGUACUCGCGUGCAUGCUGAAGUGGACUUGUGGGCCGGGAGAGGACAGAAAGAGCGGCCGGGCUUGCUAAUAUCAGAAUUGAUUGGGGCGGGCGCAUGGGCGUAGCUACGUAGGUAUCUAGGUGCCACUUUGGUCAAGCGGGCUUGCAGCGAAGGGAGUGAGUGAGUGUCCAGGCUGGCAACAUAUCGAAACUAGAUGGACACCGAUAGGGUGGCAAUGCAUGAAAAAAAAAUGUGCGGAGAGCUCGAGCAUACACAAAAAUGUCUUUCAUCAUAGUAGGAGGCGAGACGUCGCGACGAGUCGAGUGAUGUUUUAAACACAGAGAGAGGCCCAGAGCGCCUGUGGACGGACGGAUGCAAUACUAUCCGACUCCGCCGCUUUUUCUCUUGACAAAGGCGGGAAAGAGUGAAGCACACCGACCUCUUCCCGCGGCAGGGGCGCGGCUCUGCGUCCCGGCCUGGCCCCUUCACU